AUGCCCCCUCCGCCUCUCCCCUACGGCUGGGCCCAGGAGUGGGAGCCCAGCACACGCCGCGCCUUCUUCUUUGAGACUGCCUCCGGCCGCUCGCAGUGGGAAGCCCCCAUCGCGGACUCGGAGUACGGCUCCCGCGAUAUGCCCCCGCCGGGUGGUGGUUACUACGGUGGUGCGCCGCACGGAGAGAGCGGGUAUCCCCCUCAGGGUGGGGAGGGGUAUCCUCCUCAGGAGGGAUACUCGGAGCACAAGGAGAAGAAGGACAAGGGGCUGAGUGAUAAUGCGAAGAUGGCGAUGAUGGGAGUGGGUGGUUUGGCUGUUGGCGCUGGUGUCGGGGCGUUGGUGGCGCAUGAACUUGGCGAAGAUUCCAGCUCUGAUGAGGAGGAGAAAGAGGAGCGGGAGGAAGAGAGGGAAGAGGCGUAUUCGGACCGUGAAGAGUCUGAUGAUUGGUGAUUUAUGUCGAGCGGAUUCUAGAUUUUUGGGUUUGUUUGGUGCUUGGGAUUUAGCUUAUUAUCAGGAUGGAAUACAUUAAAUUGAUCUUUUUUAUUUACCUCCUA